AUGUCCAAGCGCACGAAGAAGGUCGGCAUUUCCGGCAAGUACGGUACAAGAUACGGUGCUUCGCUCCGUAAGCUCGUCAAGAAGCAGGAAGUGUCCCAGCACGCCAGAUACACCUGCACUUUCUGCGGUAAGGACAGCGUUCGCCGCUCCUCCGUCGGUAUCUGGAACUGCAAGUCCUGCAAGAAGGUCAUGGCUGGUGGUGCUUACGUCGUUGCUACUCCCGCUGCUGCCGCUAUGCGGUCGACUCUCCGCAGACUUCGCGAGAUCACUGAAGUUUAA